AUCAGGAACUCCGAGCGGCGCAGCCGCUCCCACUUGUUGGACGCUACGCAGCUUUUCAGGACAGCGCCGACGGCGCGAAUUUUUUUUUUUUUUUCAUCGCUUACGCAGCAGUCGGCCGUAGAUAAAAAGUGUGCCGCUGUAUUCUUCUAAGAGUUCGUUUUCCAGUCGCUUGCGAGUCAAGGUACAACGCACCGGUCCAGCGAUCCUCGAUCAAAAGCAAGGAAUCAUGCGGUGAACGUAUCUGCCACCGGCUCCAGCUGAAAUCAAGCGAAUCGAUACGCCAUGGCAUCUGGCGCCUACGCCGAGUUGCGAUCGCAACAAGCCGACGUGCUGCGUCGCCUGCCUCAGGGCCUUCGCACCUGGACCGACGAGCUCUUGAAGCGACAGGCCCGCGAGCUGACGUUCCACUUCCCGGACGACGUGACACGACGCUACCUGUAUGAGUCGUGGGUCAGCUACUUCGGAGGCGAGGCCUGCGUCGGGGCCUCGCUGGACAGGCUCGUGCUCAACUGCAUCGUGGCCACGCCCUCGCCCUCGAACCCCGCGGUGCCCCUAUUCGUCGACGUAGUCCUCGGAGGGGCCAGCUCGCAGACCCCUGCAGCAGCCAGAGGCAAGAAGCCUGCGGACGCCUCUCCUCCAAAGAUCGUCGUGUCUUCAGGUGAGACGAACGUCAAGGAUGUUCCUGCCGCUACGAAGGACAAGAAAGACUCUGAUGACAAGCAGAAGGACACGACUUCCAAGGACACUCAGUCAGAGAGGGCUCAGGGCACUGACUCCGCGUCGUCAGCCAGAACUAAAGUCGAAGGCAGUAAACAAGCCAAUAAAGACGAGACGACUGCAGCCACCGUAAAAGUCGACUCGGCAAGCACCGCUGCUAAGGAGGCCACGCCUGCGAAAGGGAUGCCCGAAGACGCAAAGAACGUCGCGAGCGAUGUCCGAGACGCCGAGAAGAUAUCCAAGACGUCCGUGUCCGAAGUGGCGGCAGGCCCGGACAAAAGGGACGACGCCAAGAAGCCGGCGACCGCGCAGUCGACUUCUAGCAAAGUCGUCAAAAUCUCUUCGAAGGGCGAAGAGAAGGAGAACGUACCGGCUGACGUGAACGACACGUCAUCGGUGGAACUGCGCCAUGGAGCGAAGAACGCCACUUCGAACAACGCCGUUCACAACAAGUUCAGCUUCUUCAAGUGGCGUCCUGCGAGUCUUAUAGAACGUCGCAAGAGCAGCGUGGGAGGCGUCAAGUUACGCAGGAGUCUGAUGGAGACCACAAGUGCUCCUCCUUCGAGGGAACGCGGCGCAGUGAUUCGGCAGCCGUCGUUCGCGGCUCCCAGCGCGCUCAAGUUCCUGAUCUACCUGUCUAAGCUACUGGAAACCAGCAAGGAGAACCGCGAGGCACUGGACGAAGCCGGCAUGAUCAUCGGCUUCUGUUCCCUGCUGCUGUCCCUGGUGUCCUUCAAGACGAGGACUCAGGUCGAGUCCUACUUCCGGGACAGGGUCGGCGGAGUCCUCUCGACCGUCAUCCCGUCCGCUUCCUUCCGCGGCGUGGUUCCCGUCCCGAACCGCCGCUUCCUUGAAGUCCUUCACGAGCAGCUGACCAGAGGCUGCCAGCUUCAGACUCAGAUCAGCGUGCUCGCCGUCUGCCAGUACCUGUACUUCAAGGAAGCCGGAGACGGCAAGUUCCCCGAGCUGGACAUGCGAUUCCUCAGGGAAGGAUACCUGAACCACACCAUCGGAACCGGACUAGGAGCCCUGUCCCUGCUGCGAGCGCUACAGGAGAAGACCAAGCUGAAUCCGGCCGCCAUCCUCAGGUUCCUCAACUCGGAUGUCACUCGCGAAUCCUGCGAACGCGUUGAGGAGUUCCUCAAGCACCAGAAGUCCCUGGCUGCCAAGAAGAGCGCCGGCAAGACGUUCGGCAAGUUUACUGCGCAGCAACAGCAGCAGCAGCAGCAUACUUGGCCCUGGUGUCGCGUCGUGGACCAGAGGCAGUUCUCGAACCUGAUGACACGGGCCAACGCGUUCUACGCCAUGCGGGUAGUCUGCUGUCUGAACCCGCCGCCGGAAGACCGGAUGUGGAAGUGCGUCGAGUUCGUACCGGAAGAGGUGAAGAAGCACGAGCGCGAGUGGGGAGACAUGUUCCGGCGUCACCUGAAGGACGGCAGCAUUCGCAAGGCGAGCGACUCGAUGCUCAAGCACCGGGAAGGCGAGUGGGCGCGGGCUCUGGACGCCAUGUACUUCGUGGAGGACUUCGAGCUUCUCUCCGUCGGCUCGUACAAGAAGGGGAAGUCGUCGACGACGGAAGUCGACGGUUGCGGAAGGGACGAGACAACGACUGCGAAGACGGCGACGACGGCAGGUACUGCGUAGCUGAUGUUACCUUACCGAAGUGCGAACUGAAACAAGUUACAUUUCGUUGAGCAACUACGUCUUUCGGAAGCUCAAAUCCUGCAUACUUUGAACCGUGGCCUCAUCGACGUACGCCAACUGCUCUUCAGACGCAAACCGUGCUAUCAGGAGGGGAGGAACGCAUCAAAUUACUACGUAUACGUCACCAACGUCCACGUCGACGUUUCGGCUGUCACCAAACGCGUGACGCCAUGGGCCCGAGUACGCAGGUACCUACCUGCCUACAUGGGUUUGGUAAAUCGUGUUUCGACUGCAUUGUGAAUCGAAGAUGCUGGCGUAACCCCUUCCAGUGGCGUUGCGCUCAACUUAGUGGCUGUCGUACGCGUAUGCCACUCAGUAGUUGUGUGGUGAACACUUACGUGUGGUCAGUGAGUGCCUUUGUUUUCUGACCUGCCUUGCAUUCCUAAGACUCCAAUGCCCUCCAUACAACCGGGCACAUCAGUGAUUAGGUACGCAUACUGACCGAGGUACAAAGGAAGGCAUGCGUGAAGUCCAUAGCGUAUCUUUUAUUUCUGUCAAUUUGUCUAACAUUCCACGUCGACCAUUUUGACGUUGUGGGUUUUUAAGGUCAUAGAAAUCUUGCGUCGCUGCAGUUCUGGUCAGAUAACUAACCUUGGGGUCGUUUUGAUUGAAAUUGCGCUAUGGCUUCAGUAUAGAUAAUGCUCCAUAGUUUGAAAAAGUAAGAGACAGGGGCGUAGCCAAGGGGGGGGUUGGGGGGGUUCAAACCCCCCCCGAAAUUUUUCAGUUUUGCUUGCGUAUAUAUACACGCGCACAUACAAGCGCACGCACGAACAUGCAUAAAGUAUGGUUGAACCCCCCCCCCCCCCCCCGAAAAAAAUUUCUGGCUACGCCCCUGGUAAGAGAUACCGUAAUAUGUAGUAUGUGUAAUCAAGAUCUGCACAUUAUCCUUCCAGAGGCUUUUGCGCACCCAUGAUAAAAGCUCGUAAAAGCACAUAUGGGUUUCUGGUGCUUGGUGCUUUCAGUGUCCACGCCUGGAGUCCUAAGUCGUACCGCAACCAUUUACACGUGUCUCCACAAUCCCGCUAGACGGCUCCGUACAGUGCACUCUUAUCGCAGAAGUUGCGGCCACGUGUACGACUUGUAACCGCUUCAGUGAAACACGUUACUAUAGUGGAUAUCUAUGACCUCGUUCGCUUCCCACACCUUAAUUCUACGUCUAUGGACCGUGCCUCGGUACUAGGCAAUAGCGACGAAUAUCUUUUUGUUCCUCGGGUCAAGGUGAGGAUAUACUGCACAUGCGGGGCGUUAUCAUUCAGUGCACCUGUCUAGCAUAUGUAAGAGCGGAGAGAAAGAAAAAUAACGUGAUACUACAGUAGGAGAAAUAAUAGGAAACGUUACAUCAACAGCACACUAUGAAAAAUUGACCUCUAGUUUCAGGUGCAUGGUCAUUAAUUACACGGGCAUUAAUUGCGCAGACAUGACGAAACUGUGCCACGUUUGUUCCUGUACUAACCACCACGUGUAGGCCAACAGAAACAUUUGAUAGAAUUCUUAAAGUAUAUGCCCAACGUUGACUCUAUUUGGGCAUUUAAUCGCGCUGCAAAUUAGGUAUAUCUCUGUCCAAGUUAUUUUGGUGUUGACCAAACGUGCGAGAACACUGUUUAAUUUUAAUGACGCAAGCUGAGGUGCAUGCUGCGACGCAGUUCACGCAAGGCGGUGAGUGUCACAUCGUUGGUAGCUCUGCGAUAUAUUGCAGAAAUACGAUGUAGUACAUGGCAUACGUUGCUAUGCACCGUGUUACAACAAUGAACCGUGUGUAGCUACUGACAACCAAUGCCUCUAGUUGUGCAGUUCCUAUAGUUGCUACAUAUAGCUCAGAACGGUAUCCCAAGCGCUCUGAUAGGUAUAGCUUAAAGCUAUAUACGCAGGGUAUAAGUAAACAUACACCUUAGCUACAUUUUUAAUCGAGAUAUGUUAUUUUUGUAAUGCCAGUUCACCAUUAUACAGGGGCUUGCGGAAUCAUUCAGGGAACUGAAGUGGCCUAAGCAUUUGUAUAAGCAAAUUUGGGACCGUCGUUAUUUUUAAAGCUAAGCGCGAAGGCCAACUAUGCUAAGGUCACCUUCGCUAUCCUCUUGCACCAACUGAACGAUCUUCAGCUGAACGUUUACGUUGAGCUGAAGAUCCUCCAGAGGGUGCUACGCCUGUAGCUACUCCUGCAGGAGUAGCUAACACAACUGUAAAGAGUCCAGGGUAGCGGUAAUUGCAAGACAAUUGCCCAAGCAUUACACCGGGGCGCCUCUUUAGCUUAUAGCAGAUCGUUCUGCAGUUUGUUGCGGACUUCCGUUAAUGCCACUUCUAAACUUUCCUCUUCCACAUCGACGUCACUUCCCACUUCUGUCACGUGACUUCACGGUCGUACUUAGCUGCCGUUUAACACUUCUGGAAACGGCUUUUCUAGGAACCGAAUUCAGGUAUUACUUUUACUUCCGAUACCCAUUUCUGGUUUUUACUACCAUAUCCUUACUACCGAUCUUACCACCGGCAUAAACCAUUUCUGAUUUACCAUUCCGGGUCCACAUUUAACGUACGUCCUGUCCGCGCUUUACAUCCAGUUAGAAUUCUGCAAUAAUGCAAGCAACUAUGCUUAAUUAACCUUUGAUUAAAAUUUACCUCUUUAUAUCUCUUCUGAACAUCACCUCAAUACAUCUACCUCUUCGCCGCAAUCACACACAAAUUGGUUUCCACUUUAGCACUCCUAAACCUAGCUUGUUGAGAAGCUAUGGGUGACGACUCAUUAAUUCGUCAUGUCUUUGUAAGCGUCUCCAUCAUCGCGAUCCUACCUUGGCGUGCUCCCUCACCGACUUUGGUUGUUGUGUAGAUUUUCCAUUAAGCAUCAGUGGUUAUUCACAAAAUGCUGGAGACAUGGCAAAUGCAACAUUUUCAAAGUUCGUACGGAAUGAGGAGAGCUCAUCGCUGCCCAGGCACGGCUGUAGGUUCGACUUGCUUUGCUCGGCUCACAUCGGCUAUGCUCUGCAAACGAAAAAAAAAAAAAAAAAAAACGCACCUGUGUUCUCGGACUUCGCAACAGAAUAAUUUCGAUAAUGGUUUUAGGUGAUUACCCGUUAAAUUCAUGUUUUUGUCGUGCUUUUCAUUUCGAGUUACCUGGGUAUGUUUGCAUGUACAUGUAAUAUAAAAGUAAGCCUUUCCCACAAAUUUACUGGUGAAAUUAAUUUUCACGGUCAUUUUUUCUAUCUAUCCGGCAUCAAGGUGAAUUUUACGUAGACAAAAGAAGCUUUGUUUCCCAGAAAUCUGCAUGGUUUCACUUUGUAACUUCGUGACGCAAACGGGCGCACGCCAAUAUUUCCCAACGAAGGUGCACUUCAGCGACACAAAAAUAUGAAAGAUAGUGUGUGCCGAGUUCUGCAUUUUUCUGUGACGUACGUAUAGGGCUGACAUUUGGAAGUUGUUUUCGGGUACGCUCAUAUCCUGUUUGUCGUGGUUCACACGUGAAUUAAUAAUUCUACGGGGACACACCUGCCGAUGGUAGCUUAGCACGUUGGUUGUCGCGCUGCUAAGCUCGAGGGCGCGGGUUCGAUUCCCUUCCACGGCAGCCGCAUUUCGAUUUGGCCGAAAUGCAAAGAACACCCGUGUACUUCGAUUUGGGUGCACGUUAAAGAACUCCAGGUGGUCGAAAUUUCCGGAGCUCUCCACUACGGCGUCCCUCAUAAACAUAUCGUGGUUUUGGGCCGGACGUAAAAAUCCAAGCAUUAUUAUUUCUGGUGACACGUUUUUGCACCUAGAGGCAAUCCACCACUUCCUCUCCUCCCCGGUUACAUGUCAUUCACGUUAUAACAUUCCGUUUCUUCAAAGUCGCCUACAAAUGGAGACUUCGUGUUGUUUUGUUUGUGCCAUAUAUACUACAUUAGCGAGUGCGCCGCACACUUGCUGUUUAUUCCAGUCAUUCGGCGCAAAAUGACGCGCCAGACACAAUAAAGUUUUAUUUUAUUUUCAUCAA